AUGGCGGACCCUUCGCGUUGCGCUGAGGUUUUCAAUGCCCAGACGUGUACACUCUGGUUGGAGUCAGGUCUACUUCGUCCAAUUCCACCCAAACUGCAGCGCCUGCCGCAAUUUGCCGAGUUCUUCCGGCAGCACCCGGUAAAGCUGCAGCCCACCUGCCGACCAAUGAGGCUAGCCAAGAACUGCCACAUCCUCUCUGCCGUUGAUGAUGACGGUAUUACCUUGGAGAUGCA